AUGACUAAUUUGCUAACUUCCAACAUAACUACCGGGGAGACCCACUUAUUGAUUGGGUAUUCUGCUGUUUCCAAUACCAGAAUCGUUUCAAUCAUAGAAUCAGGUGCAAACCCAAUUCUCAUUACCGAUUCACAACCACAAAAUUUUCCACCCAACAUCAUGCAAUAUGUAACUGACAAUAAACUACCGGUAUUAAUUGAUAAAGAUUUCCCAACCAAGAUCCCCCAUUACUUAACUACUCUAGGUCGAGCAGAGGUGGAUUCUAUUGUUGACCGAGUUUAUGUGUCGUUGCCCAGCUCACAGCUUGCCUUGAAGCAAGAGAUAUAUCAAAGAUGUCGCAAGUUGCGCAUACCGGUAAACACAACCGACUCACCAGAUUUAUGUACAUUUACAAUGUUGUCAACCUACACCUCGGGAGAUUUCCAGUUAGGUGUUACCACCAACGGGAAAGGAUGCAAGUUAGCCCUGAGAAUAAAACGAGAGCUUGUGAACUCGUUGCCCAGCGACAUUGAUGCAAUAUGCAAACAGGUGGGAGAGUUAAGACGACAAAUACAAAUGGAAGACAAAGCUGAAUCUGAGCACGGAGAACACGAAGAUGAUGCUAUCAACAACCACAAGUUCAAUUCGUUUGUGCCAGAGUUCAACAAAACGCAAGAGGACCUAAAGCUACAAAGGGCAAGAUGGUUGUCGCAAAUUGUCGAGUAUUACCCAUUGAAUAAAUUAGGUUCUAUUUCACUCAAGGAUCUAAGCAGUGCCUAUAAGUUACACAAACAAGCUAACGUCCCAGGUGCAAAAGAAGAAGACUCGGAAGCUGGCCAGAUGACCUUGGUUGGCAGUGGACCUGGGUCUGUGUCGUUGCUUACGUUGGGAGCGUUACAGGCUAUACAGACAGCCGAUUUGGUGCUAGCAGAUAAACUAGUUCCGCAACAGGUCUUGGAUGUAAUCCCCACUACACACCACACAAGAUUGUUCAUUGCCAGAAAGUUUCCUGGUAAUGCUGAGAAGGCCCAGGAAGAGUUGUUGACACUAGGCCUAGAAGCAUUGAGGAGAGGUGAAAAAGUUGUUCGUCUAAAGCAAGGAGACCCAUAUAUAUUUGGGCGUGGCGGAGAAGAGUUUAACUUUUUCUCGCAACAUGGGUUCAAACCAACGGUUGUGCCUGGGAUCACCUCUGCAUUGGCGGCACCGGUGUUGUCAAACAUCCCAAUGACACACAGAGACGUUGCUGACCAAGUUUUGAUUUGCACUGGUACGGGGAGACGCGGUGCCGUGCCCAAUUUGCCUGAUUUUGUGUCGAGCAGAACCACGGUGUUUUUGAUGGCGCUACACAGAGUGGUUGAGUUGAUCCCAUUGUUAGUCAACGACAAGAAGUGGGAUGAAAACUUGCCCGUGGCAAUCGUUGAACGUGCAUCGUGUCCCGAUCAGAGAGUCAUUCGCACCACGUUGAGUAAGGUCGGAGACGCUGUUGAGGCUUGUGGGUCGAGGCCACCUGGAUUGCUUGUGACAGGGUAUGCGUGUGAGGUGAUUUGCAAAAAUAGUGGUAGCGAGAGCUUACCUUGGGUUGUGGAAGAAGGUUGUAAUUCUGGAGAUGAUGGUGAGUUGAAGAGAAUUGUCGAGCUUGUCAAUGGCAACUGCAAGGAGAGCACUGCUGUUGUCAGUCCUAACUUGCAAAAGGAAAUAGCUGCAUAA